AUGGAGGACGGAUACUCGCAAACGCUCAGAGACCUCCUCGCGCAAACGCCUUUAACCACGGACGCGUGGGUCCAGUGCGACUCGUGCCAAGUCUGGCGACGAGUGCCGAACUUUGUCGCUUUGAAGUUAGGCGAACACGAGCAAUGGUUUUGCCACAAAAACUUCCACCAAGAGUUCAGCACGUGCGAUGAUCCUCAGGAAUUACUCGACGAUGAAAUCGACGUCCUGAUGAAAGCGCAAGAGAAAGAACAAAAGAGGAAACAAGCGGAGGAAAUCGGGAGGAAGAUUUUAGAGGAGGACGAAGAGGACGAACGAGAGAAGUUGGGAGUUAAAAGUGAGAAAGGAGGAGACGAUGAUGAGAAGAAGACAAAGAAGGAAAAAGAUGGAGCGAGUGGGUGGAGGAAGAAAAAAAAUUCAAACGACUCUGACGAUUCGAACGAUUCGGACGACGAUACCAUGAUGUGCAAACCAAUCGAAAACGCGCACGUCUGGUCGAGAGUCUCGCGGAACAUCUUCAAACACAGAGAGCCGAGGAAGUUAACCGAGGACGACAUCAUGGUGUGUAACUGCGCCAUCGACCCGGAGACCGGAAGCGGAUGCGAGGAAGAGUGCGUGAACAGAUUGGUGUUAACCGAGUGCGAUCCUAAAUUUUGUCCGUGUUCGACCGCGUGUAAGAACCAGAGGUUUUCGAGGAAGAAGUUUAAAGAGUUAGAGGUCAAACGGUCGAGUAAGAAAGGACACGGAUUGUUCUCGGAGGAGAAUAUUAAACCGGGCGAGUUCGUGUUGGAGUACGUCGGCGAGGUGUUGCACGAGGAAGCGUACGAGGAGAGGAAAAGGCAAUACGCGAGGGAAAAGAGGCGGCACUUUUAUUUCAUGACUUUGUCGAGUUCGGAAACUAUCGAUGCCACGGAAAGAGGCGGCGUUGGGAGGUUUUUGAACCACUCGUGCGAUCCAAACUGCGAGACGCAAAAAUGGAUGGUAAAAGGCGAGUUGUGCAUCGGCGUUUUCGCGCUGAGAGAGAUUCAACCGGGGGAAGAGAUUACCAUCGAUUACAAGUUUGAAAGGUACGGGGAAAAACCUAUGAGAUGUUUUUGCGAUACCGCCGCGUGUUGCGGAUGGAUUGGCGGUGCGAAAGCCGCGAGAGAGGCGGAGAAGUACGCCAACGAUUCCGAAGACGACGACGAGGAAAAGAUUCACUUGGAGGACGAAACGCCGGUGAUGUUGGAGUGCGACGAAGACCAAAUCGUGAAAGAAGAAAAGGAAGCCCGAGUACAACACGAACAAGAGAAGGGUGGAUCCUUCAGACGCUCUGAAUCGAAAAAGUUGAAAGACGAGGAGAAGAAAUGGCGACCGCCGGAGGAACAAAAAGCGUACGAUCGCGCGAAAAAGGCGCGCGAAAAGAAAUACGAAAACGAGGAGAAACAACGAUUGAAAGCGGAGAAGAGAUCAGUGCCGAGCUUUGGUGGUGGUGGCGGCGGCGGCGGCGGCGGCGGACGAUCGCGCGUGCGCGCGCCAGCUGGUUCGUACGCUGCCAAAUGGGGCGGCAUUUCCAGCGCAUCUCAAAGACGUUCGGAAAUUGACGUCGCCAUGGACGAUUUGCGCAACUCCAAGGGCGCUUUGCGCAACGAAAAAGCGUGUCUCAAAUCGAUUCAAAUGUUCAACUUGGCGUACCCAGUGGACGAAAAAGGCGAGUCGCAAGUUUCCGAGAGAGAUUUGGGAUUACUUUUAGAAGCGAUAUCGAUGACAGGAAGCACGCAACUACAAAGAGUGCUCGCCGAGAGAGGCGGGACGGGCGCGUUGCAGACGUGCAUCAGUCGAUUAGGCGGCGCGUUGUGCUCUCCGCAAAGAGCUCCAUUGUUGAGAAAGGUUUUGAGAGUUUUAGGAAACUGGUUGACCGUGUGUAAAGAAGCAACGUUAGCGGCUAUGCGCGACACGAAGACGGCGAGAGGGAGUUUUUUCGAUUUACUCGGUGAGUUACGAUACGCGAAGGACUCUGAGUUGCAAAAAGUCGCCACGGAGUUUGCGAACCAGAAAGUUCCGCAAGGGACCAUUAUCGAUAAAGGUGAGCCGGAGAGUAUUAGACGUUUGAAUAGUGCAAAUGCGAAUAAUAGUAUAAACAUGAACGGGGGUGGAAUGACACCGGGUGGAGGUUUCAUGCGCGGUGGAAUGGGGACUCCGAUGGGCGCCGGUAUGGCGCCAAACGGCGUCGUCGGGUUUCGAACGGGAACACCACCACCCAUGCGAACUCCAGGAAGUGCCGGUGGUUUUGGUAGUAGUGCGCCGCCGGGGAGUGCGACAACCAUGGGUGGUCGAGGAGGUGGAUUCAAUUCUGCUGGCCCGCCGCCUCCAGGAAGCGGCAUGGGAUUCAAUCGAACCGGCUUAGCGCCCCCGCCGAGAUUCGCCGGCGCGGGAGGACGAGGUCCACCAGGUAUCGCGGCGAAUAACACGCCGGGGAGUGCGCACCAAAGAGAUGCGAUUGGCAGAGCUUUACCGAGUGGAUGGAAAUCGCAAACAACGCCGGCGAUGCCAGCUGCAGCGAAUGGUGGGUACCAAAACUAUUACAAUCAACAGCAGCAACAACACCAACCGCCGUCCAACCGCCAAUAUCCGCCGUACUCGAACCACACCGGUGGCAGAGAAGGUGGUGGUGGAAACUACAACAACUACAACAGUAACGGAAACUAUAAUAAUUACAACAACAACAACAACAACAACGGCUACAACAAUAACGGGUACAACAACUACAACACCAGUGUCGGCGGUUACGCCGGAGUGAGCGCAAAACGCCAGCGAAUGGAUGCUAAUUUUAGCGCGCACCCGCCCGUCAAUCCUCCGCUCCCUUCCGGCGCACCUCCCCCGCGUUCCACCGACGCCCCUUCCGCUCCCAAACGAAACGACGAAUUCGAUGACCCGCACUCCCUCUCCUUCGCCUCCAUCGUCAGCGAUAUCGUCCAAGAGUUUGCCAUGGAAUACCGAGCGCAAAACCAUCCGAAGCACGCCUCGUCGGCGGAUUACGACCGCUUGCAAAACAAGUGGCAGACGAAAAUCUUAACCAACGAGCAAAAGAAUUUCGAGGAAACCGGACGGAAACCGAUCGACUUGACCAGACUGAGAGAUUCCAUCAACACUUACGUCAAAAUGGCCAACGAGUGGGAGUUUAAGAAUCAGUCGAAAUAG